UUCUUGCUCAUAACCUGUGUUCAUAACAAAUAAUGCGACAUAUUUAGUUGUCCUAGAACUAAUUAUUGUAUUUUCGUUAUUUUAUUUUGCUGGCGUCAAUAUUUAAUGAAAGUAUAUUAACAUUAGCUUAAGUGAAUGAAGCCAGCUGACGAACAUAAACAAAGGAUAUGUCAAUAGUGAAGUGCCGAGACUAAAAGAAAGUGCCUGUGAUUUAGUUUUAAGCAUAAUGGAUGUUGAUGGUUCAGCCGGAGCUGGAGAGGUCAGUCAGACUCAAGGAGAAAUAGACCAGAACCUCCUCUUGCAAUUCAGUUGUAUGAACACAACUGAUAGAGAAGAACUCAUACGCCAGAUGCAAAGAUUAUUAGGCCCUAGUUUAAAUUAUAACACAGCUAGUUUUUUCUUGGAUAUGAGUAAUUGGAAUUUACAGGCAGCUAUAUGUUGUUUUUUAGAUUACAGUUUGCCUCCCAAGCUUCCAUCAAUGGCAUUAAAAGGAGCUCAAACUCAAGAAUCUGCUGUUGGACCUGCUACUCAUUUUGAACAAAAUUGGAGUAUUGCCAACACAGGAACAGAAGCAUGGCCGGGAAGCUGUAGGUUAAUACAAGCAGGUGGCGAACCACUGGGAGCUACGCCUGUGUAUGUGCCACCAUUGCCUCCUGGACAUUCCACAAAUGUUUCAAUUAAAUUAUUAGCACCCAGUAUUGCUGGUGUGCAUAGAGGCUAUUUUCAUUUAGUUACUGACAAAGGCGAGCAAAUAGGGGAUACUUUAUGGGUAGAAAUCACAGUAGAAUCUGAAGUAACUAUGGCUCUUACAGAGCAACUAGCUGCAUUACCAGUACCAAGUAGCAGAUUGGAGGAAUCAGUAUCACAGGUGCCAUCACAAGAUGACCAAAUGUGCUGAUUAGAACUUAUUUUUAUUAUAAUUAUUUUAUGAUGGCUUUUAUUUACAAUUUCUCACAAUUAUUUACUUUAAUUUAUUUAUAAUCUGUGGUUUUAUUUUUCAAAAUAAAAUAUUAAAGUGCUCUUGAGUCGUGCAAGAGUUUAAAUAGUUUAGCCUGGCAAGCAUACAAUCGGUAGCAUAAUAAAUACAGUCACAUGCAAUACGUCACGUAUUACGACCUACUAGUUGAAUACUAAGAGAAUAAGUAUGGCGAAUAUAUCUCAAUAUAUUUUACAUCCCUCUUUGUAAAUCUUUCAAUACAUGUGCCAUUGGCCAAGUUCAUUUAGCACUCCUAAAAACUAAAAAGCAAAAGAAACUUAAAAUAACGAAAUCAAAGUUGAAACCGUCAAAGUAAUCUUAGUCAGGAUAGGUUUUCUGAGGAUAUGCCGGACGUUAGAUUUUUUAAGGUACGUUUUACCCGACCACCACUGUAGGCUUCCAACGUUAAUAAUCACUACGUUUUAAACUUGAAAUGAAUGAAAACAAUACUUUAGGAUUUAUUAAACUAAUUUUAAUUAUUCACUGAUGAUAAGAUUUCGUACUUUCUAAAAUCUUAUUUGUAUUGAUUUUCGCUAAUGACUCAAAUGUUGUAUGCGUAAUAAUUAAAAACUCAAUGGUCUAAGGUCUCAUGAAUAUUAAAGGCCUUUAAAAUUUGCCACAGUGAUUUUAUUUCAUUGAUACGCAUCUGCUGUAUCAACGCAGUGCAGUUAAUAUAAACCAUUUAAGCAAGCUUGCCUUUUCUUUUUUAGAAGUAAAAUUGAAACUUAAACGCCAGAGUGAUUUUUAAUUAUGCAAAAUUAAAUAAGACUUAUGAACAAUGAAAUAAGUGAAAAAAUGUACAAACCGUAUGAAAUACUUUAAAAUGAAUAAGAUGUGAAUUUGUUAUUGUUGAAAUGUUUACAAUUGUAUAAGGAAAUCGAUUUUAUUAGCAUCACUUAGUUUUAGGUAUGAAUUGCCAUUAAUGAAUAAUUAUGGGGUUUUUAUUUUGUAGUA